GCGGCGGCGGCGGCAAGAUGGCGGCCGCUGCUGCUGAAGGGAGCCCGGCGGUGGGCCCAGUGGCCAGUCCGCCGCUCCCCUCGGCGGCCCCGGAGGGUGACGACGAGGAAGGCGAGGAGCCGGAGUCCCCAGCCGAGGCGGGGCCCAGCAGCAGUGGCGGCGGCGGCGGCGUGGGGGGAGGCAGCAGCGCCGGCUUCCGCUUGACAGCGCAGCGGCGCGACCCGGCGGUGCGGCUGCAACACGGCGUGAGCGGCCUGGAGCCGCUGGCCUGGUCGGAGGACCACCGCGUGUCGGUGAGCACGGCCCGCAGCAUCGCCGUCCUCGAGCAGCUCAGCGACGUCAACAGCGCCAACGCCGACCUGGUCAUCCACCGCACGGCCGUGCCCGCCGCCGCCGCCGCCUGCCAUCUCAAGGUUGGUUCCAAAAAAGAAGUAGCUGAAUGUAAGGAAAAGUUUGCAAAUUCUAAAGAUCCGGCAGUAAGCCAGACCUUCAUGUUAGACAGGGUGUUCAACCCCGAAGGGAAGUUGCUGCCUUCUCUGCGGGGCUUCAAAUACUCCACCUGGUCUCCGCUGGGCUGUGACGCCAACGGCAGGUGCCUGCUGGCGGCUUUAACUAUGGACAACAGACUGACCAUUCACGCGAACCUGAACAGACUGCAGUGGGUGCAGCUGGUUGACUUGACUGAGCUUUACGGGGAGCGCCUGUACGAGAACAGUUACAAGCUUUGUAAGGGCGAAGCCCACCGGGGAGACUUAGGAGACUUCUCUGAAUUCCAGAGGAGGCACAGCAUGCAGACCCCCGUGCGCAUGGAGUGGUCCGGCAUCUGCACCACCCAGCAGGUGAAGCACAACAACGAAUGCCGUGAUGUGGGCAGCGUGCUGCUGGCGGUCAUCUUCGAGAACGGCAACAUCGCCAUCUGGCAGUUCCAGCUCCCUUUCACGGGCAAGGAGUCCAUCACUUCUUGCAACACCAUCGAGUCGGGGAUCAAUUCCCCCAGCGUCUUGUCGUGGUGGGAAUAUGAGCACAACAACCGAAAGAUGAGUGGGAUCAUUGUGGGGAGUGCCUUUGGGCCGGUGAAAAUCCUCCCUGUCAACCUGAAAGCGGUCAAAGGCUACUUCACGCUGAGGCAGCCGGUGGUUCUGUGGCAAGAGAUGGACCAGUUGCCGGUCCACAGUAUCAAGAGCAUUCCUCUGUAUCACCCUUAUCAGAAAUGUAGCUGUAGUUUAGUGGUGGCUGCAAGGGGGUGUUACAUUUUCUGGUGUCUUCUCUUGAUAUCUAAAGCAGGCCUGAAUGUCCAUAACUCUCACGUGACGGGGCUCCACUCUUUGCCGAUCGUGUCCAUGGCUGUAGACAAACAAAACGGCACUGUUUAUACGUGCUCUGUUGAUGGGAAGGUGAGGCAGCUGAUUCCUAUCUUCACAGACGUGGCAUUAAAGUUCGAACACCAGGUGAUAAAGUUGUCGGAAGUGUUGGGCUCUGUGCGGACUCACGGGAUUGCAGUGAGCCCGUGUGGGGCUUACCUGGCAGUCAUUACCACUGAAGGCAUGACCAACGGCCUCCACCCGAUCACCAAGACCUACCAGGUCCAGUUUGUAACUCUUAAGACGUUUGAGGAGGUGGCAGCUCAGCUGUUGGAAUCUUCGGUCCAAAACCUUUUCAGGCAGGUUGACCUGACGGAUCUGGUCCGCUGGAAGAUCUUGAAGGAUAAGCACGUCCCGCGGUUCCUACAAGAAGCCCUGGACAAAAAGAUCGAAAGCUUUGGGUCUACUUAUUUUUGGCGCUUCAAGUUGUUCCUCUUGAGGAUUUUGUAUCAGUCCCUGCAGAAGACGCCCUCUGAGGCCUUGUGGAAACCGACGCAUGAGGACACCAAGGUUUUAAUUGUGCAUUCCCCCGGGACUAGCGGUGUUGAAGAGCACCCGCAAGACGAGGGAACCUCAAAGAGCGGCAAGCAAAAGCCAAGCGACUUGAGCAAAGGAGAGGACGGGGACGACACAGCCGACGACUCGCUUGCCCACUCGAGCGACGUCGGAGGGCGAGAGCCAAUGGAAGAAAAGCUUCUUGAAAUCCAGGCUCAGAUCGAAGCUGUGGAAAUGCAUUUGACAAGGGAACACAUGAAGCGGGUUCUGGGGGAAGUCUACCUACACACAUGGAUUACGGAGAACACCAGCAUUCCCACGAGGGGGAUCUGUGACUUCUUAAUGUCCGAUGAAAGCUAUGAUGACAGAACAGCACGGGUGCUGAUUGGGCAUAUUUUAAAGAAAAUGAACAAACAGACUUUCCCGGAGCACUGCAGCUUGUGCAAAGAGAUCCUGCCAUUCACAGAUCGCAAGCAGGCAGUUUGCUCCAACGGACACAUUUGGCUCAGGUGCUUUCUAACCUACCAAUCCUGCCAGAGUCUGGUUUAUAGAAGAUGUCUACUUCGCGACAGCAUCGCCCGGCAUCCAACUGCAGAGGACCCAGAGUGGAUCAAGAGGCUCCUGCAGGGCCCCUGUACAUUUUGUGACUCUCCUGUUUUCUAGACAAUGGCUCGCGGUGAAGAGCUGCAAGUUACUUUCUCAAGGACCCAGGUCACCAUUCAGUCUGGGAGCAGCUGCUGGAAGGUGCAGGUGUGGAAUAACUCCGGGGGGGGGGGGGGGCAAAGGCCAAGUAGAACUUGAGGAGCUGGAGCAGCAAAGGUGUCCGGUGCUCCAUCUCACGCCUGAGAGGCGAGAAGGCCUUCUCUGCCAGAGCACCCCAGCACAAACUCUAUGGAAACCGUCCUGAUCCCCUUUCCCCUGUUAAAUGUGAGCCUUCCACUGGGAUCCUUUCCACGCACGAGUCCUGGAACCGGAGACCCUCCCUUCAGUUUGGCAGAAGGCUGGAAGCCUGCAUUGCCGGAUCAGCCAGGUGAUCAGCUGCAAAGCUGCGCGUGUGAGCGAGCUUUGAAAGAGCCUCAGCACUUCCUGUACCAGAGACUAUUAAAUUAUUAGAAAUAA